UGUUACACAGAGGAAUAUCUUUAGAAAAUAGACCUUAACACGUGCCCUGAUGAAUAACGCAACAAUCUGAAAGACUUGGACUAACAGUGAACAAAAACUGACCGACAGAAAAUGUGUUGUAAUUCGUGGCGAGAAAAACUGCAUUGAUAUUUAUUUAUUUAUUUAACGGAUGGAUUGAGUAUAUAAAAGAACGAUCAGCAAAACAGAAUUAUAGUUAGAGGUACAAGACACAAUUUAUUUUACUUCGCCGAAAAAUCCCACACAUGCCUCCCAAAUAUGGCGCGCAUCUGGUGUAGUCCAGGACUUUGCAGCUUCUUAGGACUCCUCCUGCUAAUGCUGAAAGGACGCCCCUCCUUCGGCCGGGCCAGCCAAGAGGAGCAGAUCCUGGUGUGGGAGGAUCUGCGGGAGGAGGUGAAACAGAUGAUCAAGUACAAGACGUAUUGCUCGCCGAAGGACUACCGGUGUUGGCACGAUGGAGAGGAGAAGAGUCCUAAGCUUAUCAGUAACUUUUACGGGCUAUGUUACUGUGACAACGACUGCAUUCGUUAUGGCGACUGUUGCCUGGACAAAGCUGAAGCAGACUGGGGAGACGGCAGAGAGGAAGGGAGUGGGCGGUUCAGCUGCAGGAAGAUACACACAAUGAAUGCAGGAAUGGUAUUUGGAAUCCUGAUGAUAGACAGAUGCUUACCAGCCUACCACGGACUCCCUGUUGAGAGGAUGUGCCUGCAGAACGUGACAAGAGAAGCCUACACGUUUAUUCUGGAUGUAGCUGUCACCUCCAGGGCUACCAACAUCACCUACGUAAACUACUACUGCGCCUUUUGCAACAAUGACGUCUCAGACUUGCAUAACUGGACUAUCAAUAUCAUCUGCAACACGCAAGAGAUCCUGAAGGAAUUCACGAUGGUCGAAUUCAUGAGCAAGGCGAUCUACUACCCAGGACGCCGUGAGUGGAAGCGCUUUACGUACAGGACGAAGGAGGAGGAAGCGAGGAAAAUCUACCAAGAGAUUCACACUUGCUCUUCCCAGAUUGACGAAUUUAACAGCGUAGAACAGUUCGCCAGUCAGUUCGGUGGCCGACCAUGCAUCUACCCGAAGAAUGAAGCUACUGACGACGAUGCCUAUUCAAAGUCGGCUGAGGGGCAAGUACGCCGUUGUCAUCCUGACUGGACCAAUCCCAUAGACUUCGAGAAAUGUCAGAGCUACUCUCUGAUGAUGACCUACAGAAGCACAGAAAACAUAGUGGUGUAUAAGAACCCUCACUGCGCCAAUUGUAAUUUCGCCAACGUCUCUCAAGGCGACCUUCAGUGCCUCCGUCAACAAAGGGAUUUCCUCGUAAAAGGCUAUAGUAACGCCAUCCCACCCUGCUUCAGUGUCCUCAUGGACUUCAGGGGCGGCCGUUGCGAUGAGGCCACGGAGCUGUGGGAUCCGUUCCUCGAGAUCUGCCACAAGAUCCACUGCGGCCACCUGUUCAGGCUGGUGGCCGGGCGGUGCGAGAGGGACUUCACGGUCUACGAGCCGCUCUCGAACUCGAGCCUCCUGGACAGUUCGUGCCCCAAGAGGCUCCUCAACCUGACGGAGUAUGUGCCCCGAGGCGACGGCUCCAUCUUCGUCAACGCCUCCAAGAAGGUCUACGCCAAGGGGGAGUUCGAGGUCACAAAUGACACGCAGGUCCUCAUCUGUCAUGACAAGAGCCACUAUGCCGACGCCUUCAGCUCCGUCCACCAGUACCUGACGCUGGUCGUGCUGAGCGUGUCCCUCGUGGCUCUGGCGCUGCACAUGGCCAUCUACAUGCUCGUCCCGCGACACAGGAACCUGCCGGGGAAGAACCUGUUCUCCCUCUCGUGCUGCCUCUUCGUCGCCCACGUCCUGUUCCUGACGGGGACGAGAGAGACGGACGAGUACGGCCUGUGCGUGUUCCUGUCUUGCAGCCUCCACUACUUCUGGCUCGCCUCCUUCUGCUGGAUGAACGUGAUGAGCGUGGACGUGUGUCGCACCUUCAGCAGCCAGCUCUACCGCGGCGACUCCGACGGUGGCAGGACCUACCUCCUCUACUCGCUUUACGCCUGGACGGUCCCCGCGCUCGUGGUGUCGCUGGCGCUCCUGCUGGACUGGGUCGACCUGCUGCCGGACUACCGGCCGGAGUACGCGACGCGGCUCUGCUGGAUCAACAACCGCCACGGCCUGGCGCUCUUCUUCCUCCUGCCGGUGGGCGCCAUCGUCCUGGAGAACCUCGUGCUCUUCCUCAUCUCGGCUUAUGGCAUCUGCAAGCAAAUGAAGGCAGCGCGCUACGCCAACGUGAGGUCACAGAGCACAAAAGAAGGAACUCAAAAGGAAACGGAAAUCGGCUUUUCGAGCCAGACUCGCCGCGCCAAGAAGGAGCGAGUGAGACUUCUGCUCUAUGUGAAGCUUGGUGUCAUCCAGGGCCUCACGUGGCUCACCGGAUUCAUAGCGGCGUUCGCGGAUAUCCCCGCGUGCUGGUAUCCCUUCACGGUUCUCAACGGACUGCAGGGAGCCGGGCCCUCUUCCCCCGCAGACUCGCCGCGCCAAGAAGGAGCGAGUGAGACUUCUGCUCUAUGUGAAGCUUGGUGUCAUCCAGGGCCUCACGUGGCUCACCGGAUUCAUAGCGGCGUUCGCGGAUAUCCCCGCGUGCUGGUGGCGGAGGCGGUGUGGGAGGCGGUGACGGGACGCCCAUGGACCAAGGUGACUUCAUCCGCUGUCACAAGCACGACUCCCGCGGGAAGUGCAGAACGCGCGGACAACAGCCGUAACAAGUCGUCUGCGUCAAACAGUUCGGAAGCAGCGACGAUGGCGAGCCCACUUCCAGCGUCAGUUCUCGUCAGCGCCUCUCUGCACAGAAGUCAAGGGUCAGGGCGCAAGACGAAGGCGGGGCACGGCGGCGCAGAAGGGGUCAGGAACGGCGACCUGCGCGGCGGAGUCGUGCGAGGCAAAUUCGACGACGAAGUUCCGGAUCCACAGGUCGCCAGGCGACGUCCGAAGGCCGGCAUGGAGCCAGCGGGCGAGGCUUCGACUACGCUUCCGCCGCUCUCUUCCGUCGCCCCGGACGAACUCUUCCAGACGCCGCAAGAAAAACGGAAGGCAGAGCUGCAGCGCGUCGUGGACCUUCUGCACCAGCUGAAGGAGACGCAGAGGAACUCGAUGGAGCUGCCAGAUCUGGUGCAGCAGCUACUCCUCCGCAGCGGUGCGUUAGGCGGCCCGACGGGAACGCGCGGAACGGCCAAGCUCUCGAAGUGCCGCUCAUUCACGGAGGGCACGGACACCGGGCGGCAGGAGGAUCGUCAGAACGCGCUCGCCGCUCGGCUUCGGCUACUCGAGUACUCAGCGGAGUGCCCAACGAUCCACAGCCUCAUCUCGAGCCACGCCAGGGACACCGCCAGGGACACCAGCCUCCCAUAUGACGUUAACCUACCCCCGGCCGCCCACGCUACCGCCGGCAGCAACAGCAGCGGUGCCGCAGUGAGCGCUGCCUCCCAGCAGGAGAUGGCAGCAGUAGAAGUGUCCCCCUCCUGCUCUCCGGGAACGAUGAGGCGACAACCGGCCUCCCUCAACCGCACAUGUUCGGCCAGCUUGCGCUCCGUCGAUAGGGCGCAGACGACUCGGCAGGAGAGGCAGAGGGAGCCCGUCAGCCGGCCGACCCUCAGAGCCACGCAGUCUUUUUCACACAUCUCACACGUUGCAUUGGCGGCUGCAAUUAUGCAACGAGCAGCAUCCGACGCCAGAAAGAGAGGACGUAGGGAUGCCCAGCCGCCACAUCCGGAAACCGCCCCGCAUACACGAGCCAGCCUUAAGAACACGGCGGAGAGUCUAGUGUGAAGGAGGCAGA